CCAUCCGAGUGUGAUGCCGUUAUAAAUAUUGAGCAGGCUGUAUCUGCGGAGGUACUUCAAGAGAAGUCCGAAGAUAAAACGGUCAUCUCGCAAACUGUGGAGGGUGUCAUGUCCGCAGAAGAUGGCAGUGUGGUGGAUUCCGAUCCUUCGGAAGUGGCGCAAUGUGAACCCUCUAAAGUACAAGUCGAUUCGACCCCUGCUGCUACAGACAGUGCUAGUGAUUCCGAAAAGGAGGAGAAGGAGGAGAGUGAGGAGGAGGAGGAGGAUAUCAUACGCACAGAAACAGAGCAGACAGCAGGAGUCACUGUCGACAAUACUGCGGCAGCCGUCCGAAACGAGGAUGUCACUACGGAGGUGGAUGAGCCCUCUAGCGAAGCUGAACUCUGCACACCAACAGCUGCGGUAGGGGAUGCUACAUCGGUGAGUGCGGAGGGAGACUAUGCUAAACCGGUAUUUGAGGAGGCAACCAAACACGUACAGGAAGCAGCCGAAGAAGAAAGUACCUCGAGCCAGAGAGAGAUUGCAGAAACGAAGGAGCCAGAACAUAUUGCGGACGCGAAUGAUGUGAGAGAAGUGGAGAGCAAGAUUCAUGAGGAAGAGGAGGAGGAGCAAGAGGUAGAGGAGGAAGAUGCUUCGGUAUAUGAUAAAUCUUACACCCUAGCGGAGCUUGAAACCAUGAUGGACAAAGCAACCGAGUACAACGAGAGAGCAGCACUGCGAGCUCAGAUCCGAACUAUGAAAAAGUCAGGAGCUGCGACCUCUAACAUGGUGAGUUAUCUUGCAUAA